AAGAAAGAAAGAAAGAAAGAAAGAAAGAAAGAAAGAAAGAAAGAAAGAAAGAAAGAAAUCUGGAGCACGGAACCAAAAUAUAGUCUAGUGAACUCAUCCUUUCAAAUAAAUAACAGGUUAAAACAAGAUGCCAGGAAAUGGGAGUACUUCGUGGAUGAUGCUUCUUCCUUGUAAGAAAAAGAAACUGUUUCUUUCUUUGGCAAUGCAGAUCAUCCUUAUCCUGACCAUUCUCUGCAGAGGAAUCGGAAGUCAAGCAGGGGUGGAUUAUACUGUGACCGUGCCGUCUUCUGUCUCCGUGCAGCGCGGUCUCAUUGUUCAUAUUCCUUGCCAGUUCACUUAUGAUAAGAACCACUUGUCCCGGAAUGACUAUGUUUUCGCUUAUUGGUUUAAGUCUGAACUGCAAUGGUUCUGUUUGGAAGCAUUUGCUCAAGACUGCGUUCAAGGCCUUCUUGUAGCUACUAGUGACAAACGUCAGAUAGUUCACAGUUCGGCCAAGGAUCGCUUCUAUUUCAUAGGAGAUUCGCAUCAAGGAAGUUGCUCAGUCAUCAUCAUAGAUGCCCGAAUAGAAGAUGAAGGGCAAUACUACUUGAGAAUUCAGGGAUCUGGUCGAAUAAAAUUCUCUUUUGUCCAAGAGAAGGGACAUACCUCACCUCGUGUUUAUGUGAUAGAACCAUCUCAGAAAGUCAACAUCACAGUGGACAUCACAAGCCCAGGACACUAUGACUCAUCUGGACAGCAAAGGAAAGAGGCAUUAGACCAUGUUGUGGCCCAAGAAGGAGACACUGUCCACCUGCUCUGUACUGCUGAUGGUAGACCACAUCCCAACCUAUCCUGGAUGAAGGGGAACAAGACAAUUGGUCAGUCCAAGAACAGCACGAAGAAUUCCUUUCAACUGAGCAGAAUUGGACCAGAGGAUGCUGGAGAAUAUCAGUGCCUGGCAAAUAAUCAGCAUGGCUCAGUCAAGACGAUGGUUAAAGUGAUUGUCCAGUAUCGUCCAAGGACAGUGAUUUUCAAGGUUACCCAAACUCAUAGAAGAGGCUCCACACUCACUCAAGGUUGCUCCAGGGAUCUGGCCACUGACUCUGAGUUGACAGCCCAAGAAGGUGACUUACUGGGGCUGUUCUGCAAGGCAGAUAGCAAUCCUCCAGCUAAGACUAGUUGGGUGAAGAGUGGCAGCCACUUGCAGAACCCUUCAGAAGAUAACCAGUUGGAACUGACCAAUCUGACCAUUGAAGAUGAGGGUGUAUAUGCGUGCAAAGCUACAAACUCAUUAGGCUUUGUUCAAGGGAACAUCCGGCUCAACGUGGCAUAUGCCCCCAAGCUCAGCAGAAGCCCACAGAAAAAUACAACAUGCUGUUAUCACAACCAUGGUUUCCUGUGCAGUUGUUCCCUGCAUGGUCAGCCUCCUCCCCAAAUUGAGUGGGAGGUGGAUGGGGAGAGGAUAACCAAGGAGAGCAGCAGAAGACAAAACCUGGUAGUCCAAGCUUUGAUCCAGAGGAAUGAGGUUACCAGUACCUUAAACUGGACUGGCAGCCUAGAUAGAGCUCAUAAUAUUAUCUGCUUCGGGAGCAAUUCUUAUGGAAUCCAUACCAUGCAAUUCCUGUUGAACGCCCUGAGAGACCCAACUUCAGAAUCUUCUAUAGGAAGAUCUAAUACAGCUUUGUUCAUUGCUGCACUAUGUGGAACUUUGCUGGGAGCUGGAAUCAUGCUGGGCUUAUACCUGAUCAGGGUUUAUAAGCAGAAAGAAGCAAUGUCAAAAGUAGAACCUGUCGAAGGAACCCUUUCUGAAAUAGGACAUCGUGAGAGACCCAAGAACCCCAGUCAGAUCUACAGCAACAUUUUCCCUAUGGGUCCAAGAUUACACCAGAUCGAUCAGCCAAAAGUUGCUGGAGAAAGGAAGCCAAAUCCAGCCCAGGUUCCCAGUGUUCCAAGGAGAGCUGAGCCAGAUGAAUUGCAGUACGCAACCCUAGAGUUCAAGGUGAAAAGUAAAGAAGUUCCAGUCUCAAGAAGUGACAAUGUAGAAUAUUCAGCAAUCCAAAGAAAAUAAAGUCCUUGGAAGUGAAUGCUAGCCUUCAAAGAAGCAAGAGAGAAAAAAGAUUGACAUUUUUGAACUUUGGUGCUGGAGAAGACUCCUGAGGAUACUGUG